ACAGAAGUACGUUCUUGUAUGAUUUUGUACGUGCUGGUAGAUUACAGUACGAUCGCGUACGUUUUCGUAUGAUUGCGUAUAACACUGUAAGAAGUGUCCAAAUUUUAACAACAAUGUACGUAAACGUACGGAAACGUACGAUAAAGUACAAGUAUGUACGUAAUCGUGCUAGGACUUACUUCAAUGUACACUAUUUUACAGUAAUUUACGUUAAAGUACCAAUUAUUUUUUCCAUCCGGGAUGAAAGGAUUGAUGAACAUGAAAAAUCCAUAGCUCAUAAGAAUUGCGCCGACAGUUUUUUCUUAGGGCAGAAUAAUUCAAAUGCUGCACAGCUACUCUUUACAAAUGACAACAGCUUGAGGAAUAAAGAAGUGACGAAAAACAGAAAAAUAUUAGAACGUAUAGUAGAUAUUAUCAAACUCAUAGGUAAACGUGGUCUCAGUUACCGAGGUAAUAAAGUUGAAGCUGCAUAUACACUAGAAGAUAAUGGCGUAGAUCAUGGAAAUUUUCUAGAAAUUCUUCUACUUUUAGCAAAAUAUGAUUCUAUUUUACAAAAUCAUAUUAAAGAAUGUAUCAACAAAAGUAAAAUGUAUCAUUCUUUGAAGCCUGCAGGUAAAAUAGGCAGAGGAAAUUUCGUAAGUAUGUUGUCAAAAACGACUAUUAACCACAUUUUAGACAUAAUCGCAAAUCUUGUCAAAAAUACCAUCGCCAAAGAAAUAAACGCAACCAAAAUGUUUUCUAUACAAAUUGACACUACACAAGAUAUAACGAGUAAAGUUCAAUGCUCUAUUAUUACACAUUAUGUAAAUAAUAAUAUAAUUUAUGAAAGAUUAUUGAGUAUGGUUCAUGUGUCAAGAUUCGACUGGUAAAGGUUUCAAAGAGCUUGUAGGGAGAACUCUUGAAUCUUGUAAUAUUAGUAUUAAACAAUGCGUGGGAACUUCAACAGACGGAGCAGCAAAUAUGCAGGGUCAGUAUAAUGGCUUUACUGCAUGGUUAUCUUCAGAGUCUCCGUUACUAAUGCAUGUAUGGUGUUAUAGUCAUGUAUUAAACCUGGUAAUGAUUGAUGCAACGAGUAGCACCAUUACCUCCGAAUCAUUAUUUGGGUUAUUAAAUAAAACAGCUGCAUUUAUUCGAGAUUCUUAUAACAGAAUGGACAUUUGGGUAUCAUCGUUAUCAUCUAAUGAUAAUAGGAGAUUAAACUUAAUAGGACAAACAAGAUGGUGGGCCAAAGAUACUGCGCUGACAAAAAUUUUCGGACCUACUGGAAAUGUCGAGAAAUCUUUAUAUCUAGUUCUUAUUACUACGCUUGAAAAAAGUGAAAACGAUACUCGAUCAAAAGCUGAUACACGGGUAAACGCUAAGUCUUA